AUGGCUAUCGGCGGUUUGAUCUCGAACAGGAAUUUGGGUUCUUUUAUCGACUCAGGGAAAGUAUGUCAAACAAACCACACUGUUGUGCAUCGCAAAGGAGAGCGUCUGUACAAUCAGGGGAAAACAUUUUACCAAAAUUUAUGUACUCCAAGGGUUUCUGCAUCUAGAAACUCGUAUAGCCCUUAUCUGCGUGCAAUUAGUUCUUCAGAUGCAAGCAUUCUGAAGCCAACAGGUAGGGUGCAUGAUGAAGGUGACCUUUAUCUAAUAAUGUCUCUGCAAUCUGGUAUAAGGUCUCAGAGCAUCAUUACUAAACAAAGAAGUACAGGAAGAUGUAAAAGCUAUCUUUCUUCAAACCAUUCAUUUAGAAGUUGUAUUCAAUCAAGAAAGCUGGAUAAGCUUGAUAACAGGCAAUACCAGAAGUAUGAACUUGUUAAGGUUAACAGGACCCGUGCUUAUUACAAGUCAGAGGAUAAUGACAUAACAAAACCAGAGGUGGACUCACUGUCAUCAAUAGAGGGGUCUAGUGAAGCUGUUUUGGCAGAUGGAAAUGUGCUUAAACUAUCUUCUUGGUGGGAGCAAUUUCCCAAGCGCUGGGUGAUUGUACUCCUUUGUUUUACAGCAUUUCUAUUGUGCAACAUGGAUCGUGUAAACAUGAGCAUUGCAAUACUUCCCAUGUCACAGGAAUUUAACUGGGAUAGUGCAACAGUUGGCUUGAUUCAGUCCUCUUUUUUUUGGGGCUACCUACUUACUCAGAUUCUUGGAGGCAUAUGGGCAGAUAAAAUUGGUGGGAAGCGUGUAUUGGGUUUCGGAGUGAUCUGGUGGUCAGUAGCGACAGUUUUGACACCUGUUGCAGCAAAAAUCAGCCUUCCUUUUUUGCUUAUUAUGCGUGCUUUUAUGGGGAUUGGUGAGGGUGUUGCUAUGCCUGCAAUGAAUAAUAUACUAUCUAAGUGGAUUCCAGUGUCAGAGAGAAGCAGAGCACUUUCACUAGUAUAUAGUGGCAUGUAUCUUGGUUCUGUCACUGGGUUGGCUUUUUCUCCUAUUCUGAUCCAGAAGUUUAAAUGGCCGUCUGUGUUUUACUCAUUUGGCUCUCUUGGUAGUGUCUGGUUUGCAUUAUGGCUGAAAAAAGCAUAUAGCUCUCCAAAAGAAGAUCCGGAGCUUAGCACAGAGGAAAAAGAACUUAUCAUGGGUGGCAACAUAUCUAAGGAACCUGUUACCGUCAUUCCUUGGAAGUUAAUUUUAUCAAAACCACCUGUUUGGGCUCUUAUAAUCUGCCACUUUUGCCAUAAUUGGGGAACCUUUAUUCUAUUGACGUGGAUGCCUACAUACUACAAUCAGGUUUUGAAGUUCAACCUCACUGAAUCGGGACUCUUCUGUGUCUUGCCAUGGUUGACCAUGGCUGUUUUUGCAAAUAUAGGAGGCUGGAUUGCAGAUACACUUGUCAGCAGAGGCCUUUCUGUGACAACAGUUCGCAAGAUCAUGCAAUCAAUUGGGUUUUUGGGACCGGCCUUUUUUCUUUCUCAGCUGAGCCGUGUCAAGACACCUGCAAUGGCAGUACUAUGCAUGGCAUGCAGUCAGGGAUCUGAUGCAUUCUCACAAUCUGGUCUCUACUCCAAUCAUCAAGACAUUGGACCUCGCUAUUCUGGAGUAUUGCUGGGACUGUCAAACACAGCAGGAGUUCUUGCUGGUGUCUUUGGUACAGCUGCAACCGGGUACAUACUCCAAAGAGGUUCUUGGGAUGAUGUAUUCAAGGUGGCUGUUGUAUUGUACCUCGUAGGCACAUUAAUCUGGAACCUAUUUUCAACCGGAGAGAAAAUCCUUGAUUAG